GGUUCUGUAUGAGGGGAAGGAUCAGCUGAAGCAGGGCUGGUACGUCAUCGAGACGACGCCCUACAGCCGCUCGGCCAACCUGAGCUCCGGCGGCGCUCCGACGGCUCACCGGGUGUUCCUGACGUACCGGCGGGCUCUGGACUCGCAGGGCCUCCACACACUGGGCGUCACCGACAUCGCCCUGCUGCUGCCCAGCAAAGGAGAGGUCGCCCCGCACACCUUCUGCCGCGUCGACAAGAACCUCAACACCGGCAUGUGGGGUCCAGCUCUGUAUGUGUGCUACAAGAGAGCCGUGGCCAAAGCCAACGCCCUGGUCUACAAGGCCAGUCUGAUGAGCCGGUAUCCAGAGGAGGACCUGGAGGCGUUUCCUCUGCCGGAGUCGGUGCCGGUCUUCUGUCUGCCGAUGGGUGUCACCGUGGAGAGCUGGCCUCUAAACACAAAGUACCAGCUGCCUGUCUUCUCCACCUUCGUCCUCACCUCCGCCUCCGGGGACAAGGUUUACGGAGCGGCCAUCCAGUUCUACGAGUCGUUCUCCAGGGAGCUGCUGUCGGAGCGGCAGAGCGUGAGGCUCGGGCUGCUCAGCGUGGUCGACCGGCGGCCGAUCACCAACCGCAGCCUGCAGGUGAAGAAGAGCAUCUGUGUCCUCUCCCACUGGCCCUUCUUCACCGUCUUCCAGAAGUUCCUCACCUUCGUCUACAGAUACUCCAUCUCCGGACCCCACGUCCUGCCGCUCGAAAAACACAUCUCCAGCUUCAUGCACAACGUCCCGUUUCCCUCCCCCCAGCGACCUCGCAUCCUCGUUCAGCUCUCUCCAUACGACAACCUGCUGCUCUGCCAGCCGGUCUCCUCUCCGCUCCCACUCAGAUGAGUUUCCCCCUGCGGUGGCUCUGUCCCUACAUCCCCCUGUGUCCGCUGCAGAUGGCCGACGUGCUGCUGGCUCCGAUGCCCUUCAUCGUGGGCGUCCACUCCAGCUACUUCGACCUGUACGACCCGCCCACCGACGUGGUGUGUGUUGACCUGGACACCAACACCAUCUUUCAGUCAGAUGACAAGAAGCCGUUGUCAUGGCGAUCACUACCCAGGAAGCACGGCAAGACUCUGUUCAACACCCUCACCAACCUCCACAAGACCCUGGAGAAGAUUUGCACUCCCGGCCAGGAGGAGGCGACGCUGGAGUUCCUGUUGACGGACUACGAUCAGAUCUACAGGAGUCAGAAGCAGCUGGAGCUGGAGAUCCAAGAGGCGUUCCUUCGCUUCAUGAGCUGCCUGCUGCGAGGAUACCGAACCUUCCUGCUGCCCAUCACCCAGGCACCUUCAGACACCACCACGGACUGCAGUUCCCUCUUCAACCUGCAGGGUUUCCUGAAGUCUCGGGACCGAACGCAGCAGAAGUUCUACACUCAGCUGACGAGGACUCAGAUGUUCACUCAGUUCAUCGAGGAGUGUUCCUUCGUCAGCGACCGACACGCAUGCCUCGAGUUCUUUGACGAGUGCGUCCAAAAGGUGGAUGUGGAGAAGCCGGAGGAGGUGAGGCUGAUCGAUCUGGACGAGACUCACAGUGGAGAACACACAGUCUUCAUCAUGCCUCCUGAAGAACCGCAGGAACCUGACGGGUCCGAGUGUCCGGCCCUCUACAGUUAUGAAACCUUCCCGACACUGAGGCCAGACCUCUUCGAACGGCCCCAGGACCAGCUCCGGGUCCCAGCUAAGGGCAGCGCCCCCAGUAGCCCUGCUCCCCGACGCACAAAACAGGAGAUCAAGCUAGCCCAGAAGCGAGCUCAGAAGUACUCAGCAGUGCCUGACAUGUGGUCCAAGUGUCUGCUGGGUCACUGUUACGGCCUCUGGUUCAUCUACCUGCCCACCUUCGUCCGGGCGGAGAGCGCCAAGGUGCGUGCGCUGCACACGGCGUACGACGUCCUCAAACACAUGGAGAACCGCAAGGUGGUGCUGCCGGACGAGGUGUGUUACAGGAUCCUGAUGCAGCUGUGCGGUCAGUACGGUCAGCCGGUCCUCGCUGUUCGAGUCCUGCUGGAGAUGAAGAAGGCUGGAAUCACACCCAACACCAUCACCUACGGAUACUACAACAAGGCAGUGCUGGAGAGCAAGUGGCCCUCCACCAGUCAGGGUGGACGUCUCCGCUGGGCCAAGCUGAGGAACGUCCUGUUGGCCGUGGCCCAGUUCAGACAGCCAAUCAGACGACGGCAGAAGAGCGGCUCAGUGGGGUCGCACGGAGAAGCGAUGAUGGACCCCGAUCUGAGGCCCCGCCCCCACUCCAAUCUGAUUCGUCAGUCCAGUUGGAGCGGCCUGUCUGAAAGCUCCAGUCACGAGUCUCUGACGGGUUCACUGGUGAAGAGCAACAGUCUGAGCAGCAUGAAGACGGUGACUGACAAGGUGAAGCUCGGCAAGAAGACCAUCCUCCGUAACGCGGGGACCAACGGCUGCGGUGACGCCGUCUCCCGUAAACCUCCGAUGGGACGCAGAGACACCUCCACCCCGCCUCCAGCGCCUCCUGGCGGUGUUCUGGUUCGGCGGAGCCAGGUCUGUCUGUCCACCUUCUACAAAGAGUGCGCAGAGUCGGCUGACUCGGAGCCGGACUGCGGCUGCCAUCCUGCAGAGAGAGACGGCAGACCUGCAGGAACGCGCGACACAGCCAGCAGAAAUAAAGUCGUAGACGAGAACUACAACAACGUCUCCUCCCCGAGUCGAGGAGGUCUGGCGGGGAAACUCCAGCAGCUUCUCACUCCAACCAGACACCGAGUGUCUGUUCGACGAGCAGCCAGCGUGGACGACCGGCGACCAGGAGGAGGAGGAGGGAUAGGACGAAGGGUGUCUGAACAGAGGCAGUCCAGGAAAGCUCAAGUGGCUGAAACGCUGCUGAAAGCCAAGGAGAGGCUGGUCAACGCCACCUCAGAGAGUUCGUUGUCUGUAGGAAGUGACCUCGACUUGACGGAAACGCCCAGUCCGGCCUAUCCCCUGCGCAGGUCCUGGGACGCCAAUCAAGAGGGGACGGGGCUCGAGGUGUUGAUGUCCAGCUGCUCUCUGUGUCGCAGCUGUAACUCGCUGGUUUACGACGAGGAGAUCAUGGCGGGCUGGACGUCAGACGACUCCAACCUGAACUCGUCCUGCCCGUUCUGCUGCGCCUCCUUCGUCCCAUUCCUGAACGCUGAGAUCUGUGACUUCGGACCCGUCAGCAGUGCGGAGCGCAGCAACUGGAACGUGGAGGACGAGGUGGAGAGCGCGGUGCGGCCCCCCAGUGGUCAGGAGGCCUCCCUGCGACACCAGUGCAACGGCCUGAGCGAAGACUCCAGCUCCGAGACCAGCAGCUACUCAGAGAACAGCAGAACAACCACAGGCUCCUCGGUGGGCGGAGCUCCCCAGGUGACUGUGGCCUACCUGAGCCCUCUGGUUCUGAGGAAGGAGCUGGAGAGUCUGCUGGAGAACGAGGGCGAGGCGGUGCUGGCCCAGCCGCAGUUCCUGGACAACCACUCCAUCAUCUUCUGGAACCUGGUCUGGUACUUCCAGCGCCUCGGGCUGCCCAGUAACCUGCUGCAGCUGGUCAGAGCCUCGCCGCUGGUCAGCCAGUUCACACAGUCUGAGAACUCCACAGUGAGAGUGAGGCUCCUGUGGGACACCCUGACCCCCGACACAGACCAGUGGCCCCCGCUCUACAUCCUCUGGAGGAUCCACAGUGGCGUCCCGAUGAGAAGCUACGGCUGGAGGAGACACAACCACCCGUUCACGCUGUCCUUCCUGGAGGAGGUGCUGCGGUGGGUCGGCAUGAACGAGGUGCACAAAGCCGUCACCCUCUUCCUGGAUACGCUCGCUAAACAGCCGGGCUCGCCCUGGACUCAGAG